GAAAUAGAGAGAGAAGGGGCGGAGAGCUGGAGGAGGAGGAGGAAUGCCAAGCUCCAUCCAGAGCUAAGAGCAGAAGCAUUUGCGCAGAUAGUCUGCGCUGCAAGAACACACUCUCGGUUUCCCAGCCUUGGAAGUUUCCAGGUCUUUUUUUUAAUCUUUAUUAUUGUUAUUGCGCCUCUGCUGCUCCAAAGGCCUGCAACGGAGCACGCAUCGACAGCAGCCAGCCUGUGAUAAUAGACUGCAUCAGGGAUAUAAGAUGGUGAUCAAAGUGUACAUAGCAACGUCCUCCGGAUCCACCUCGAUUAAAAAGCAGCAGCAGGACGUGAUGGGCUUCCUGGCGGCCAAUAAAAUCGAGUAUGAGGAGUGCGACAUCGCGGCCAACGAGGCCAACAGGAAGUGGAUGAGGGAGAACGUACCGGAGGAGUCACGACCUGCCACGGGGAACCCUCUGCCCCCUCAGAUCUUUAAUGAAGAAAAAUACUGCGGGGACUACGAGGCCUUCUUCGACGCCAGAGAGGACAACGCUGUGUAUGCAUUUCUGGGUCUGACCGCUCCUCCAGGUUCGAAGGAAGCAGAGGCUCAAGCGAAGAAGGCACAGCAGUAGCAUUUCUAUCGCCGUUUCUACCUUAAACCUCAGGCCUUCCCAAGACCCGGACUGACCCAGAACCGAACCGGAAGAAAAAAACAAAACAAAAAACAAAGAGAAACAACUCACCACUCGACUUAUAAGCGCGCGGACCGAUCGUUCAUUCUUACCUUUACUCAGUGUGUUUUCUUAUAUUUCCGCCGUGCCUUCCCAGCAGCAGGUAAAAGCACGGAGCACUCCGGUUAGCCUCAGCCUGCUAAACCUGUUAGCCUAAUGCCCAUCUACCAUCAGUAUGAAUGUGAAAACCACAUCACCAGGCACAAAUGAGCGUCUGAAAGUAAUGUAACUGAGGUCCAGGGUGCCACCAAUGUCAUCGUUAAAUAUUAGCACAUAAUAAUCGUUUACACCACCAAUCCUGGAAACACCUAAUCCAAUAUUUAGCACUCCACAGUCAUUAAAACAUCAGCUGCUUUCUGGACUGUUCUGGUCUGUUAGCCUCUAUUUUUACUUACUUGGUAUUGUCUUAAUGCUAGGUUAUUAGCAAUCUUUUUUUAUUAUUAUUAUUUCAAUGUUUAAGAAUACCUGCCAAAUGGCCAAAUGAGGGAUUGUUUUUUUUUUAAUUAUUAUUAUGUGUCUGUAUUUUGAAGAAAGCUGCAGUUGGAAUCAUAUUUCCCGUUGUGUUUCUUAUUUCUGUAUAAUGCCCCCAAACUUAAAUAAAACACAAAGGCGACUGUUGGUCAAUCA